GACAGAGAAGGGCUCUGAAAAGAAACGCAAUCCAAAACUUGAGGUGGGCCUUUGUUCUCUGCAUGCAUACCCUGUUGAGAUUGGAGAAACUAACUACCAGAGAAAUUUCUUGAUAUCUGAAAAGAAGAAAAAAAACAAAUAAAAAGCAGAAACAAACAUUUCAUUUCCAUGGACUGUGCUUUGUUCACUCUCCACACUACUCCUCCUCGUAUCUCCAUUAAUUCAUGUUUUCAUGGACUUUUUGCAGCUCCCACCAAUACUACUGGAAUUGGGUUAUACAAAAACAAGAUUUUUAGUCCAACAUUUUGGGCUAUUAGGGUGAGUAGUGGAAAUUUGUUUAAUGAAAGUUCUUUCAAGGGAAGUGAAAAUGGAUCUUUGUUAGAUGCUUUUGAUGAAUCCAGUUCUGCACCAUUUGGGACACUUGAUGCUGAAAUUACUCCUGAAACCAUCGAUUUCUUCGUUAGUGAUGCUGAGGGUGAUCCUGACUGUCCAACUCCAGGCUACUCUUCUAUUGAACAGGCACUCAACACUCUUCGCCAAGGAAAGUUUGUGAUCCUUGUAGAUGAUGAAAAUGGGAAUGUUGAAGGAAACUUUGUGAUGGCAGCUUCUCUUACAAGUCCCAAACAUAUAGCCUUUAUGAUUAAGCAUGGGUCAGGGAUUGUUCCUGUAGGCAUGAAAGAGGAUGAUCUUGAAAGGCUAAAGCUUCCUCUAAUGUCUCCAGAAACUGAAGAUGAAGACUCUUCUGCUCCCACUUUCACUAUCACAGUGGAUGUGAAAAUGGGAACUUCCACAGGAGUAUCAGCAGCAGAUAGAGCAAAGACUGUUCUUGCUCUUUCAUCUCCUGAAUCUAAGCCAGAAGAUUUUAGAAGGCCAGGCCAUGUGUUUCCACUUAAGUAUAGAAAUGGUGGGGUUUUGAGGAGAGCUGGUCAUACUGAGGCUUCUGUAGAUUUGGUAAUGUUGGCUGGUUUGCAGCCAAUUUCUGUUCUUUCAGCUAUUGUUGAUUCGCAUGAUGGUUCCAUGGCUUCUUUACCUAGUUUAAGAAAGUUGGCAUUGGAGCAUAACAUAUCAGUUGUCUCAAUAACUGAUUUAAUAAGGUACCGACGAAAGAGAGAAAAUUUGGUUGAGAGAACUGCUAUUUCUCGCCUGCCAACAAAAUGGGGUCUAUUUCAAGCUUAUUGCUAUAGAUCAAAGUUGGAUGGGACAGAACAUAUAGCUAUCGUGAAGGGUAAUAUUGGACAAGGACAAGAUGUUUUAGUAAGAGUUCAUUCAGAGUGUUUAACUGGAGAUAUAUUUGGAUCAGCUAGAUGUGAUUGUGGAAAUCAGUUGGAUUUGGCAAUGCAGUUAAUAGAAAAAGCUGGUAGAGGUGUUGUGGUCUACCUUAGAGGUCAUGAAGGAAGAGGGAUUGGCCUUGGUCAUAAACUUCGAGCCUACAAUUUGCAGGAUCAAGGUCAUGACACUGUUCAGGCUAAUAUUGAACUUGGUUUAGCUGUUGAUGCUCGUGAGUAUGGCAUCGGUGCUCAGAUUCUAAGAGACAUAGGGGUUCAAACAAUGCGAUUAAUGACUAACAAUCCUGCAAAAUUCACUGGAUUGAAAGGAUAUGGUUUAGCAGUUAUUGGAAGAGUUCCAGUUUUGACACCCAUUACAGAGGAAAACAAAAUAUACUUAGAAACAAAGCGCACCAAGAUGGGUCAUAUUUAUGGUUCUGAUAUACAAGGACCUUUGGCUGGAUUCACCAAACCAAAUGUAAAUAACACAGACUCACCUGAAGAAGAAGAAUGAGAGACGAUUCAAAAUUAUAUAACAAAGUAUGAAAUCUCAUAUUGGAUUGAAAAGGCAGCUCUCUUUGCAUCACAUAGGGUUUUGAAGUUUUGGUUUAUUUAUAUGAAAUUUUUUUUUUCAGUCAUUCUAAUUAUUAUAGCUUGGAAUGAACAAAUUCAUUGUAUAUGAACAAUAGAACUGAAGAUUUGCAACAAAUUAUUAUAUUGUUUUCAUGUGAUUUUCUUGGUUAA